ACUGCAGACACAGCACAGGAAAUGACCGGACACUGCAGACACAGCACAGGAAAUGACCGGACACUGCAGACAGCACAGGAAAUGACCGGACACUGCAGACACAGCACAGGAAAUGACCGGACACUGCAGACACAGCACAGGAAAUGACCGGACACUGCAGACACAGCACAGGAAAUGACCGGACACCGCAGACACAGCACAGGAGAUGGAUGACCAGAGACUGUGGACACAGUACAGGAGAUGACCAGAGACUGCGGACCUUUGGGGUGACAUGACCGGACACCGUUGGACCGAGGAGCAGGUUUUGCACAGUAGA